UAUUGCCUCGGUCGUAGUUCUUCCUUGAGUUCUGACUCGGAAUUCUGGUAACAAUAUGAUCACAGAAUCAAAGUCAUCUUUGGAGAGAUACCUGGGAAAGAUAUAAAAUCACCCAGGAGAAUCUGCCAGUGUGAUUACUUGUUCAAGUUUCUUUCUACAGCUGCGAAGUAUUUAAUGAAGUAAUUAAGUGGAAGGGUAUUUAAGGAAGGGGUGGGGCCUCCUGAUCAGCCACAUCUUGUUUCUUCCUGGAGGACUGACUCAGUUGCUCCCUGGUCUCUGUGGAAUCUGGGUCCUCUUUCCCAAAUGGACUUAAACAGUACCAUAAGCGGCACGCCACAGAAAGAAGCCUUUCAAGGCAGGAUUGCUUACACCGAGAACCAGAAGGGCAUACUCUUAGCAUGGUUUGAGCAGAACCCCAAUCCUAACAAAGCUUCCAGGGAACUACUCGCCAAAGAAAUUGGCAUUCCAGCAUCUAAAAUUCAAACUUGGUUUAAAAACCAAAGAAGGAAACAGAAGCAACUGGAGAAUCAAUGCUCCCAAGGAGAAGAUCAAAUCCAGGGGAGUCAGGAAUGCUUACUCAAAAAAGCCAGGGAAGAUCAGUUCCCCAUCACAGAAGCUCAAAGAAGGAUCCUAGCGCAAGCCUUUGAGAGGGACCGAUUCCCUGACAUUAAUACCAUGAAGAAACUGGCCAAGCGAGUGGGCAUUCGGGCAUCAAGAAUUCAAAUGUGGUUUCAGAAAGAAAGAGCUUUGUGCUCUCUGCAGAACAGAAGAGAACUCAUGAACUUCCCAGAAAGCGAGGCAAAUGGGCAGCCAGCCUUGAUUGUCCAGCACAGCCCUAGCCGCCUGUCCACACUCCCAGAUGGGACUCAUCAUUUUCCUUCCUCUGGUUUUUUCAGCAGCACCCAAACAGUUCUUCCUGUCCUUAUGCCCUUUGCCCCUUGGGAUCCCUUCAGUGUCUGUGUGAGCCAAAGGUCAAGUGUUGUGACCACACAGGUGACCCAGGCUGGGCAGGGACAGAACUCUGACCCCACCGUGACUCUCCCCAAUCACUUGCCGGUCCUGCUGCCUCUGGAGGAGGACUUCUCAGACACUCAGGUUCCUUUCACUCUGGAAGAAUGCCCAGAUCACAAAGAACAUGCUGGCACAGGACUACCGCUGUCCUACUUGCCUCAGCCUGAGCUCCAGGAACAACACUCUCAGGCUGACUUAGCGCACACUCAGGCUCAGGCUGACUUAGCGUACGUUCUGCAGCAUUGGGAAGAAAGCUGCCAGGCUCUGAUUGCAGAAUGGCGACCUCUGGAAGGGACAUGCUAAGACAGACUUGUGGUAGCAGCAGGCACAGUCAGCUGGGACAGCCAUGCCAUCCACUCUGCCAACCACACCAGCAAUCUGCAGAAACUUCAAGCGUUCAGAUCAACUGCUGCCAUCCACAGACUUUUCAGUACAAGGUUUCCCAGCUAAAGAGGAUGAUCAUGACAACAUUAGAGAAACAAAGAAAAGAAGAAGAAAAAUAAAAGACUGACAUAUAAAUUUACUAAGGAAGAAUUGUGCAAGCUUCAUAAGUUGGUUACACCGAACACUUACCCUGAUUUUAUAACCAGAGAAAAACUGGCCAAAAUAUUCCACUGUCAUAUGUAUGUAAUUAAGUAAGUUCCAGACCUCAUAUGUAUGUUUCUUACAAAGUUAAAGGCAACAGGUACCAAUGAAGGCACGAACUGUGAGGGUGGGCAGGAAAGCAUGGAGC